UCUCCCAAUCUGUUACCAGAGCCUCCACGACCUCUUCCUUACCUAGAAGACUUGGCAGCAGUGCUUUCCAGUGCUGGGCCCAGCACUCAUUCAGUGCUGACCUCUCCUUCAGGAACAAAACUGGCUGUCAGUCCCGGGAGCUCUGCUCUCAUAGGUUGUGCUGUUGAUGGUCAUCCAACCCCAAACAUCACCUGGCUUAACUCUGGUGAGCCUCUCAGUCUGCGACAUCAUCUCCUGGCAGCAGGCCGGAUUCUUCAGAUACUCAAUGUCAGUGAUUUCACUGAUGGUGAAUUCAGCUGCCUUGCUCAAAAUGAGGCUGGCUCACUCACACAAAAAAUGUCCCUGGUUAUACAAGAAUACCGGUGGUCAGUGGACAAACUGACAGCUUGUUCGGCUUCCUGUGGCCACAAAGGGGUGCAGCUGCCCCAGCUGAGGUGCUUGCUGGAUGGGGCUGAAGUCAACACAUCCUACUGCAGAGAGACACCCAAGCCACCUCUGCAGCCUGUUGCAUGCAACAGAAGAGACUGCCCUUCACGAUGGAUGGUGACGUCAUGGUCUCUUUGCACGCGGAGCUGCGGUGGAGGCAUCCAGAUGCGGCGAGUGACCUGUCAGCGCCUGACAGCAAAAGGCAGCUCUGUCCCAAUGUCAAAUGAGGCUUGUGCCCAGGUGUCCAGGCGCCCUGUGGACACACAGAACUGUAACAGGCAGCCCUGUGUUGAGUGGGUGGCCUCCUCCUGGAGCCAGUGUAAUGGGCCUUGCAUUGGACCACGACUGGCUGUACAGCACAGACAGAUAUUUUGCCAGACCAAAGAUGGGACUUCUGUGUCAUCUGAUCAAUGCAGUGCCUUACCAAGGCCGUUGAGCACACAGAACUGCUGGACUGACAUCUGUGGUGUGCACUGGAGGGUCAGCUUGUGGACUGUCUGCACAGCUACGUGUGGAAACUACGGCUUCCAGUCCCGGCGUGUCGACUGUGUGCACAUCCGCACCAACAAGCCUGUGAUGGAGCAUCACUGCUCCUGGAGGCCAAGACCAUCGAACUGGCAGCGCUGCAACAUCACACCCUGUGAAAAUGUGGAGUGCAGAGACACUACAAGGUACUGUGAGAAAGUGAAGCAGCUCAAACUCUGCCAGCUCACCCAGUUUAAGUCACGUUGCUGUGGGACUUGUGGAAAAUCUUGAAGACAGACAAAAUGAAAAUGGAGGAACAAGGGGAUCACAGCUUUGCUUCACUGAGGCAAGGGCUUUUGCAGAAAAAACAAAUGGAAUGGAAAUAUCUUUUUCAUUUUAUUUAUUUAUUUCCCUUUAAAAGAAAAGAAAAAAAAGGAACAUCUUUUACCAAAUCAUUGUUGUAAAGGGUCUUGAAAAGUUUUCCCUUUUAUGAAUCUGGGAGACAGAAUGCAGCAAAACAUGGUCAUGAGGGUAGACCAUAAAGAGUCAGAGAGACCAAUGCCACCAGAAAUGGGCAUGAGAAGAGUGGGGCUUCCCCAUUAUCCAUGUGCAUGCCUGGGGGAUACGCCAAGAGACAGGUAAGGUAGAGGACUAGAGUAAAGACCUAGCAUCACAUUACAGAAUCACAGAAUCAUGAAGGUUGGUAGAAAUCUUCCGGAUCACUUGGUCCAGCCAUCAACUCAGCACCACUAUAAUCAUCCCUAAACGAUAUCCCCAAGUGCCACAUCUCGAUGCCUCUUGAACACUCUGAUGGUGACUCCAUGACCUCCCUGGGUGACUUAAUCCAAUGCCUAGCCACUCUUUCAGUGAUUUUUUUUUUCUAAUAUCUAAUCAGAAUCUCCCCUGGCACA